AUGUCGAGCCAGGACCCCCCAUAUGACCCCUACAUCCCCAGCGGCGGCGCCGGCGGACAGCAGGGCGGCCAGAAUGGCAACCACCGCACAGCUGCGCUCCAAGCGGAAAUCGACAGCACCGUUGGCAUCAUGCGGGACAACAUCAACAAGGUCUCUGAGCGAGGAGCCCGCCUCGACUCGCUACAAGACAAGACGGACAACCUUGCCGUAUCCGCCCAAGGCUUCCGAAGGGGCGCCAACCGCGUGCGCAAGCAGAUGUGGUGGAAGGACAUGAAGAUGCGCAUGUGCCUGAUUGUUGGCAUCAUCAUCCUGCUCAUCGUCAUUAUUGUCCCUUCUGUCGUUGCCACGCAAAAGAACUAA